CAGUUCUGUGGAUGAAAAGGCUCGAAUAGUAAAUGGGAGUGGUCUGGAUGCUUCCCAAUUGAGUGUGCUCCAAGCAUUUGGGGCUGGGAGAGGACUCUAUGGUAUCGACAGCAUGCCUGACCUCCGCAGGAAGAAAACCUUCCCCAUUGUCCGAGAUGUGGCCAUGACAUUAGCUGCCCGAAAAUCUGGAAUCUCCCUGGCCAUGGUUAUUAGGACAUCUCUGAACAAUGAGGAAUUGAAAAUGCAUGUCUUCAAAAAGACUCUGCAAGCAUUGAUCUACCCAAUGUCAUCUACCACCCCUCACAAUUUUGAGGUGUGGACAGCUACCACCCCAACCUACUGCUAUGAAUGUGAAGGUCUUCUUUGGGGGAUAGCAAGACAAGGCAUGAAGUGUAUGGAGUGCGGUGUCAAAUGUCAUGAAAAGUGUCAGGACCUUCUAAAUGCUGACUGUUUGCAGAGAGCUGCAGAGAAGAGCUCUAAGCAUGGUGCCGAAGAUAAGACUCAGACGAUCAUUACAGCCAUGAAGGAACGGAUGAAAAUAAGAGAGAGAAAUAGACCAGAAGUGUUUGAAGUCAUUCAGGAAAUGUUCCAAGUUUCCAAAGAAGACUUUGUACAGUAUACAAAGGCUGCCAAACAGAGUGUAUUGGAUGGGACAUCUAAGUGGUCAGCUAAAAUAACCAUCACAGUGGUUUCUGCCCAAGGCUUACAGGCUAAGGACAAAACAGGAUCAAGUGAUCCAUAUGUUACAGUUCAAGUUGGAAAGAACAAGAGAAGAACCAAAACAAUUUUUGGAAACUUAAAUCCAGUCUGGGAUGAAAAGUUUUAUUUUGAAUGCCAUAAUUCUACUGAUCGAAUCAAAGUCAGAGUGUGGGAUGAAGAUGAUGACAUUAAAUCAAGAGUCAAGCAACAUUUCAAAAAGGAAUCAGAUGAUUUUUUGGGACAAACAAUUGUUGAAGUGAGGACCCUGAGUGGAGAAAUGGAUGUCUGGUACAAUCUAGAGAAACGGACAGAUAAAUCAGCUGUAUCUGGUGCCAUUAGGCUGAAAAUCAAUGUUGAAAUAAAAGGAGAGGAGAAGGUUGCACCAUAUCAUAUACAGUAUACAUGUUUGCAUGAGAACCUGUUCCAUUACUUGACUGAAGUUAAAUUUAAUGGUGGAGUGAAAAUCCCAGAAGUCAAAGGAGAUGAAGCCUGGAAGGUUUUCUUUGAUGAUGCGUCCCAAGAAAUAGUAGAUGAAUUUGCAAUACGUUAUGGAAUUGAGUCUAUUUAUCAAGCAAUGACGCACUUUUCGUGUCUGUCUUCCAAGUACAUGUGCCCUGGUGUCCCAGCAGUGAUGAGUACCCUCCUGGCAAACAUAAAUGCUUUUUAUGCCCACCCAACGGUCUCAACUAAUGUGCAAGUGUCUGCCUCAGAUCGGUUUGCUGCUACCAAUUUUGGUAGAGAAAAGUUCAUCAAACUACUGGAUCAGUUGCACAACUCUUUGAGGAUUGAUUUAUCAAAGUACAGGGACAACUUUCCUGCUAGCAAUUCAGAGAGACUUCAAGAUCUGAAAUCAACUGUUGACCUGCUAACAAGCAUCACCUUUUUUCGAAUGAAGGUUUUAGAACUCCAAAGUCCACCAAGAGCCAGCACUGUUGUAAAGGACUGUGUUAGGGCUUGUUUAGACUCCACAUACAAGUAUAUUUUUGACAACUGCCAUGAACUCUACACCCAGCUAAUAGAUCCGAAACAGGAUAUUCCUCGAGAAGAUCAGGGUCCGACCACCAAGAAUUUGGAUUUUUGGCCCCAGCUCAUCACUCUGAUGGUCACUAUUAUUGAUGAGGAUAAAACUGCGUACACACCUGUCCUAAAUCAGUUCCCUCAAGAACUAAACAUGGGAAAAGUCAGUGCUGAGAUCAUGUGGACCCUCUUUGCACAGGAUAUUAAAUAUGCGCUGGAAGAACAUGAAAAGCAGCGGUUAUGCAAGAGUACCGAUUACAUGAAUUUGCAUUUCAAAGUAAAAUGGUUUUAUAAUGAAUAUGUGCGAGAGCUCUCUGCCUUCAAAGAUGCCGUUCCUGAAUACUCUUUAUGGUUUGAGCCCUUUGUCAUUCAGUGGCUUGAUGAAAAUGAAGAUGUGUCAAUGGAGUUUCUUCAUGGUGCACUAGGAAGAGACAAAAAAGAUGGAUUCCAGCAGACCUCAGACCAUGCCCUCUUCUCUUGCUCUGUGGUAGAUGUCUUUGCACAGCUUAACCAAAGCUUCGAGAUUAUCAAGAAAUUGGAGUGCCCUAAUCCUGAAGCAUUAUCCCAUUUAAUGAGAAGAUUUGCAAAGACUAUCAGUAAAGUUCUACUCCAGUAUGCUGCAAUUGUCUCCAAUGAUUUCAGUUCUUAUUGUGAUAAAGAAAAUGUGCCCUGUAUUUUGAUGAACAACAUCCAACAAUUGCGAGUCCAGCUGGAAAAAAUGUUUGAAUCCAUGGGAGGGAAAGAGCUAGAUCCUGAAGCUAGUAGUGUUCUCAAAGAACUUCAGGUAAAACUCAACGGGGUCCUGGAUGAACUCAGCGUAACCUAUGGUGAAAGUUUCCAGCUCAUUAUCGAAGAGUGCGUGAAGCAGAUGAAUUUAGAAUUGAAUCAAAUGAAAGGAAAUGGAAGUACCACCUCCAACAAGAACAAUGCAGCUAUGGAUGCAGAAAUUGUACUAAGACCUCUUAUGGACUUCUUGGACAAAACUUUAAGUCUCUCUGCGAAAAUCUGCGAAAAGACAGUGCUGAAGCGGGUUUUGAAAGAGCUGUGGAAGCUCGUCCUCAACAAAAUAGAAAAGCAGAUUGUUCUUCCUCCUUUGACAGAUCAAACAGGACCUCAAAUGAUUUUUAGUGCAGCUAAGGACCUUGGACAGCUAUCUAAACUGAAGGAUCACAUGAUUCGAGAAGAAACCAAGGGUCUGACUCUGAGACAGUGUGCUGUCAUGGAAGUAGUCUUGGCCACAAUCAAGCAAUACUUUCAUGCUGGAGGAAAUGGUCUGAAAAAGAACUUUCUGGAGAAGAGCCCUGAUCUUCAGUCUCUUAGAUAUGCUCUCAGUCUUUAUACCCAAACCACCGAUGCCCUGAUAAAGAAAUUCAUAGACACCCAAACCUCUCAGAAUCGCUCCCGGAAUGAUUCAGUGGGACAGAUAUCUGUUCAUGUAGACAUCUCAACCAUUCCAGGAACUGGGGAGCACAAAGUGACAGUAAAAGUCAUCGCCAUCAGUGACCUACACUGGCAAACCACAGCUAUGUUUCGCCCCUUUGUGGAGGUUUUCAUCCUGGGACCCAACCUCGGCGACAAGAAAAGGAAACAAGGUACCAAGACCAAAAGCAACACCUGGUCGCCCAAGUACAAUGAAACUUUCCAGUUCAUCCUGAGUAAUGAAAACCGCCCAGGGGCCUAUGAACUUCACCUCUCAGUUAAGGAUUACUGCUUUGCACGGGAAGAUCGAGUUAUAGGAAUGACAGUGAUUCAACUCCAAAAUAUAGUGGAGAAGGGGAGCUCAGGGGCAUGGUAUCCGCUACUGAAAAACAUCUUUAUGGAUGACACUGGCUUGACAAUCCUUAGGAUACUUUCUCAAAGGACCAAUGAUGACGUGGCUAAAGAAUUUGUAAGACUGAAAUCAGACGCAAGAUCCACAGAAGAGGUUGCCUGAAGCCAAUAUUGCAAGGUAGCAUCCUCAAGAACCUAAAUAAGCUGUUGUUUGACUAGUGCAUGUGUGUGCAAAUCAGUGGGAAUGCAUAAUCAACUAUGUUUAAGUGUUUAUCCGUACUCUGGUGUGUGGAAGACCUGUAUGACUUUUGAUGCCUAUUGGGGUUUGGAAAGUUAGUAGUUCCAUGAAGUGCCAAAAUGAAGAUUAAAGAUGCAUUAUCAAGAGUAUCUUUUCAGACAUCGAUUUCAUUUCAUGACCAAACUUCCAUCUCCUCAGCUCAUUCAUAAAUUAUUUGUCCUUUGAAUUUAUUCAUUAAUAGUUUUCCUUAUAUUAGUGUUGUGUGUUGUUUAACAACAGGCAGUUAAGCCUAUCUGUGCAUUAGAAGGUAUUCUGUAUUCAUAUCCUUUUUAUGUUACUUCACCAUCAUCUUAGAUGUCUAACCAAUAACUUUUUCUACCAUAGCUAGAAAUGCAGUUACUUCUAGAAAGUGUUUGUAAUUUUAUAAUUACUGAUGUAAUGUGAUGAUUUUUGCAUACAAAUGAAAAUAGAAAUGGUGGGAAAUAUUUUAUGCUGACCACUUUCCAACCUUUCUGAACUAUCACUGUGAAGAAAUGCUAUUAAAGCAAUCUUAUAUAAAGCAAUGCUCACUAGUUUGUUUUAAAAAAAGUUUGAUAUAUUGAAAAAACUUUUGUUCUUCGAAACUGCCAAGGUCAUAUCACAUUUGUACAAGAAGGUAAGUUGAUGUAUUUGCUGUGUGGCAUAAUGCUUUUACCAAAUCUUUUUUUUUUUUUAGAAAGUGAUGUAGUCAGGGUAAACAAUUUAGAAGUAGGAAGGCAAAUUUGUUUCUCCAAGUCAUCUAUUAUGUGUAAUGAUACUGUUAG